AUGGGGAACAACCAGUCAUCGGGUUCCAAGUCGGCCACGCCGCCGUCCUCGCUGCCCGCCCUCUCCUCCCACGACGCCGCCCCCUCCGCUGCACGACAUAUCGGCGCCGUCGCCUCGUCCCGCACCAGCAAGGACUCGUCGUCGGCAUCGUCAUCGACGCGCAACAUACUCCCCGCCCACGCCACACACCGCUCUGCCGCUGCCCCUCCCGAGCCCUCGCUCGCCCAGGCCCAGGGCUCAACAUCGAUUGCCUCACGGCCCAGGGGCAUCUCAGCCGCCAGCUCGACCCUACCGCCCACCCUUGGCGGCGCCUCGCCGCACAACCUCCCCUUCUUUGUCCCCCAGCAGCCGCCGCUGACCGAGGCUGAGCCUACCGCUGCCGCGCCCAUACCCAUCGCCGAGCCCUCCAAACCCCUCAACGUCCCCGGCGGCGGUGGCACACUCUCCCGCACCCCGGGCAUCAACCGCACCGACUCCGAAAUGGCCGACGCGCACCUUAUUGCCAGCAGCAGCAUCACCGACAUGUAUAAUGCUCGCCCGCCUCGCCUACCGCUGCCGAUUGAGGAAGAGGUGCACACGCCCGGUUCGCCGAUCCUCGGCGCCGACGAGUUGGCACCAGGCGGCAGCAUCCCGGAGAUGGAGCACGAGUUGUCGGAUGGUCUGACCAGAAAGAGCUCCGGCGUUAGCCAGGCCACCUUCGACGACGAAGACUCGCAUGAGCUCCGUGUCGACCGAUCGCGCCCUGUCGUGCCCACGCGAAUCGAAUGGAACGGCGGCGGUGACAAGGUCUACGUGACGGGUACCAUUUUCCAAUGGAGCAGAAAACAGCGUCUACAUCCCGUCGAGGGCAAGCCAGGCUGCUUUGCCGGCAUCAUCUACGUGCUCCCGGGCACCCACCACGUCCGCUUUGUUGUGGACACCAUCAUGAAAACGUCACCUGACCUGCCGACCACGGUCGAUUUUGGCAACAACUUGGUCAAUUACAUUGAAGUCAGCGCCGAAAUGGCCGGCCAGCAGCCGAUCGAGCUGGCGGCGCCCGGUCCCGACGGGCAGGUCCGGACUGUGACCGCCGGCUCCGUCCUCGCCGGCGGCGGCAACGGCGGCGUCGCCUCCUCCUCGGUCGAGGAAGUCCCGCAGCCCGUGCCCACCCGGUACAAGGCCAUACCGCCACGCGAUAGCUACCGCCGCCAAAUCCCCCAGUACCUCGUCGACUUUGACCAGACCGAGGAGUCGCCCGCGUACCAGAGUGCCGUCGGCGCCAUCGAGAAGCUGCCCACGCCGCCCAGCCUUCCCGGUUUCCUCAGCAAGCCCAUCCUCAACGCGGCGACACUCAUGAAGGACGACAAUAGUGUGCUCAACAUGCCCAACCACACAGUGCUGAAUCAUCUCGCCACGAGCAGCAUCAAGAAUAACGUUCUGGCAGUCUGCGCGACGACGAGAUAUCGCGGCAAGUAUGUGACGACGAUAGUAUACAAACCUACAUCGGCGGAUGAAGGCUGA